CCCGGGAGUGUCACUCUGUGGACAUCGCGUGCGGCUCGCGCUCGGGAACAAGGAGCCUCUCCAUCACCGACUUUGAGGACAGAGGCUGCGGUGAUCGAGUGCUGCUGACGAAGCCAGCGAGAGGUGAAGCGUGAGCGGCAAUCUCGGUGACGUCAUCAGAGCGCGCCGGAAGCGGUCCAGAAUGAAGCGUUUCAUCUACCACGCCCUGUCUCCGAAAGAGGCAAAAGACCUUGAUGUUCAGCACCCGGGAGCCCAGCGGGCCGAGGCCUUCGUGAGGGCCUUCCUGAAGCGCAGCACGCCCCGCAUGAGCGCGCGCGCCCGCGAGGACCAGCUGCAGCGCAAGGCCGUGGUUCUGGAGUACUUCCCUCGCCGGAAGCGGAAGGAGACGAAGAAGAAAUCCCGGGGCCUCUCUGCCAGGCAGAGGAGGGAGCUGCGGCUCUUCGACGUUAAACCGGAGCAGCAGAGAUACAGCCUCUUUCUCCCUUUGCACGAGCUCUGGAAACAGUACAUCCGGGACCUAUGCAACGGCCUCAAGCCAGACACGCAGCCGCAGACGAUCCAGGCCAAGCUCCUGAAGGCGGACCUGCAUGGCGCCAUCGUUUCAGUCACCAAAUCCAAGUGCCCGUCCUACGUGGGCGUCACAGGCAUCCUGCUCCAGGAAACGAAGCACGUGUUCAAAAUCGUCACCAAGGAGGACCGCCUAAAAGUCAUCCCCAAGCAAAACUGCGUGUUCUCCGUGGAAACCGACGGCUUCCUCUCCUACAUUUAUGGGAGCAAGUUCCAGCUCCGGGCCAGCGAGAGGUCUGCGAAGAAGUUCAAAGCGAAGGGCACCAUUGACCUGUGA